ACUCGUGUUGAGCCAUUCUCAGGAGCGAGUACUUUACACUGCACACCAGCAAGAGGAGGAAACUGCAGCUGUUACUUCAAAACGUUGCCUUUUGAUGACCUGCUUUGAUUUUGGACACUUGUAGACCACAUUUUUCGGUGUUUCAUUAGAGGGCGGGCGAGCCUUUGGACUCAAACUUGAAGACAGAGCAAGACUCACCUGAACACAGUGGAUGGAUAUCCUUCCUGCAACUGUUCAUUCCAACAUAACAAAAAACUUGUUCUUUCACUACAUUUACCAGCCGAGCAGAUCACGAUCACGAGCAGGCUCCAAUUCCUGCGCUGUGAAAUUGAAUCAGAGGAACGGAGGGGCAAUACAGCAGAGGCAUUGUGUCUCUGCAAUUGAAACACUAACCAGCUGAAAAUAUCAAAGACCAUCCUGGACAAAGCGGUUAAAUCUCCCAAUUUGGUCUGAAAUCUGCAGUUGAAUUAGAGAGUGAUCAAAAGCUGCACAACACUCAGAGGAGAGGGAAGCAGGAGGGGAGCAUACACGAGGGCAAAGGAUUGCUUGCAGGUGCCGGGGCUGUCAUGGUGCGUAGAGGUGGCGUGGCAGUAGCUCCGUCCUGCUGGGGCCUUUGGGCGUUUGGCGCCCUGUCGCUGGUGGCACUGUGCUUGUCGGACCAGGCCAUCCGUUGCCCGGUGUGCUCCGAGGAGAGGCUGGCCAGCUGCCGUCUGCCAGACGGCUGCGAGGAGACGGUGCGGGAGCCCGGCUGCGGCUGCUGCCCCACCUGUGCCCUGCCAAAAGGGGCGCACUGUGGCGUCUACUCGCCCCGAUGUGGCACGGGCCUCCGCUGCUACCCGCCGCGUGGCGUGGAGAGACCACUGCACUCGCUGAUGCACGGCCAAGGGGUGUGCACUGAUGAGAGGGAGGUGGAGGAGAACUCAGCAAUGGACAGGCAGGAUGAGAUCAUCCCUGACCACCCAAACAACAGCAAUAUCCGCUGCAGCCCACAAGACAAGCGCUGCAUACAGAAGACCCUGGCCCGACACCCUCCAAAAUCCACAAAUCAGAGAAGCAACACUGCCAGAGAGGAGACCAAGGCGGCGCUGGCUCCGUGUCGUGCUGAGCUACAGAGAGCGUUGGACAGAUUGGCAUCAAACACUCGCACACAUGAUGAUCUCUUCACCAUCCCCAUCCCCAACUGUGACAAGAACGGAGAUUUCCACCCUAAGCAGUGUCACCCGGCACGUGACGGCCAGCGAGGAAAGUGCUGGUGUGUGGAUCAGAAGACGGGCAUGAGGCUGCCGGGCCCGCUGGAGCUGCGAGGGGAAUUGGACUGCCACCAGUUAAUGACUGCUACCCUGAGGGAUUGAGGAGUGGAGUGGCAGCGGGGGAUGCAGCACCAGCUCAAUACAACUGGUGCUUAUUAGUAGAACUACAUGAGGAAAGGACUUGGCUCUAAAGCCUCGCUUCACCCGAGGCCAGCGGUACUUAAGCCUGCGCAACAAAAAGGAAACCAUUGAAUUGAGUUCUUUUGCUAUUUUGUUUCUGUGUGUGAGAGUUGGUGAUCUCCGAGUCUUUUGAGCACUUGUUGUGUAUUGUUUCUACUAUGUGAACUUAAGAACGAUAGUCUUCAGACCCAUGCGCUUUAAAGUUACAGGUGGCAGAAAAUAACCUUCCACAGGUAACUGGUGUAAUUGUGAUCUUUGUUAGAGAACAACAUGUGUGGUUUUGUCUAGUCUAACUUCAGUAGAGUAUUCUUGGAAAAGGAAGAAAAUGCAUUAACCCCCUACCAGAUCAUCAGACCUGAUAAACAGCAGUAGCUGUUAGCAUUUGUUUUAUUCUCUCUGGAGAACUUUAUCAAUUGGAAUUACUGCGUCAGGAUAAUCCAGAGAGAUUAUCAAUUAAAGUGUCCUGUACUAGUUUUUCCACACAAUUUGUGUAAUUGGUUGUAACGUGUGGCUCUUGUUCUACUGUCCUAUAUGUCGUAAAACCCCACCCAUCUGGUAAGUAGGUUAAAACAACGCACAGAAUAGGUUUGCAAACGCAAAGUCUAGUUCAGCGACGACACAAGAGUAGCAAUAAAAGAUGGGGAUGAGAACAGAUAAAAUGAAAAAGGAAAGGACAAAGGAAUGCAACAAUCCCCUGCCUUGAGUUACCAAAUGAUACAGUAAGCCAUAGCUUUUCACUACAUCCAGACCAAAGUGAAAAGUGAGAUUAGUUUGAACAACUGUAUCUCUGAAAGGCCAGAAAAAAUUUGCUUUUUUUGUGUGGUCCAGAGGGACUGGCAGCAGAGCAGGGCUAGGAACUCUGUACACUGCUGAUAGGAUAAUCUUAUUUCUCCAGCUGGUGCUAAAAUGCCAGUGUGACUUUCAUGUUUGUAUGAAUAUGCUUCAACAUGCAGGAUUUCUCUCCGACAGAACUGCUUAGGAGAACUUUGGUGGUGCUAUAUACUGAUUGUGCCAAAAUACAAAAACAAGAAAGAAAAUGGCUUCUGCACUUUUUGGGCAUUGUUAAGGAUUGGAACAGAAGACUGGGAUUUUCAGCAAGUGGAGCAAUUAGCAUCAGCAAGUGUUAGGAUCACCUAAAUGUGUGACCAUCUGCACUAGCUAUUGGCAAAGGCUGCUUUCAAAGUGUGUUUUCAAUGUUAUUGUUACAAUUUAAAAGUAACUUCACACAUUGGUGCUGCACAAUUACUGCAGCUAACUGGCUCAAUGCUUCUUUGGGUAGGGUUGUAAAUUGCAGACGUGACGUGUCUUAAAUAUACAAGCAGUGUAAUACCUUUUCAAUGAUUAAGCUCCUGGCAGCACAACAACUCCUAGUUAACAUGAAGCUUUGAAUGGAGGAGAUGUAACAGUAAAGAUAACAUAUUGAUUAGGUGGAAACCAGAUUUUUUCCUCCUAAUCCAACGUUGGUUUUCAGAUCAUAGGGCAUCACACUAAUGAUUAAAAGGAGUGUAUUACCAGUGCAAGUGAUAUAGCUAAUCUAAUAUUUUAGAUACCGUAGGCGAGACUGGGAAUUUUCUUAUAGUAAUUUGAUUGUAUUGGUGGUGUGCAUUAUGAGUUCAGGACGGAGUAGCAGGUUUAAGCUAAUGCUGGUGUUUGUCACCACCAGAUAUGGACAGCCUUCUCCAUCUGUUCCCUGGGAGACUUUGGUUAUUAUUGACUCAAGCACAAAUCCAUUUUGGGUGGAUGGGCGGUCAUUACUAGGGUUGCUGUCCCACACAGAACACCACUGGUGUGUAGAUUACAAUGCAGUAAUGUCAGAUGUUGAAACAGAUAUUCACUGCUACGGUCACACAAUGGAUUUCUGAUUCUUUCCAUGUCUCCACAAUCCUCACUCACAGCUUUCAAUAGGACUAUUUGAGCACAACACACUGAAGGGAGGUUCAUGCAGCUCCACACAGAAAUAACAGAAAACUAUUAUUGGUAUGAUUAUUAUGCACUUUUGCACAUUUUUCCAUUUUGAAUUUGGUUUAACAUUGUUUUGCAGUAUUAUAUGCAUAUAAACAGUGAGUCUGAGAAAAGUACAAUCCUCUAAUUUUGGUGCUUCUCUCAUUCCGUUAUUGUGCAAGGUAUUUAAACAUAUAACCUUCAGGUGUGAAAAGUAGUUGCUUUUCCCUAGGAUUCUCCACCAUCUAACUGGGGACAGUUGAUUAUGGGCCAGCCCGUUCUCAAAAUUAAUCUUACAAAUGUUGUCCCUCAUGAGCAGACUGAGGAUUUCUCUGAUGCAUCUUCAGUGGUGAUAUUCUGAACAACAAUCCUUGGAUGUGUAUGUGGAUUAUAUUCAUUUUGCUAAAAAACUCACUUAUGAAAUUUGAAUUGUGUUGUUCUAAUUAUAUAUAUAUAUAUAUAUAUAUAUAUAUAUAUAUAUAAAAUAUCAGUCACAAUUCCAUGCUUUUGGUUCCUAGUGACUAAAAAGACUACAUACUGCGAGGAAUUUAAUCUUAUUACUGAAGCCAAUGGUCAAUUUGCUGGAAAAAGUGUAUUGCCACCUGAUGACCAUGAGAAAUGUAUCCAAAGGUAGUUUACUAAAACACAGACAGAAAGAUAGAACAUGGCGAGGGUGGAGAAUCAUUGCUACAGCUUAAAAAUGUCAAAAACCAAAUAUCCUAAAACUCGUUCCAAAGACUACAAGCAAAGUAUCUGGAGACAUCAAUACUCAUUCAGUGAACUGCAUGCACACAAAAAGGUUAUCAUUCAUCACCUAAUGAAGUGUUACUAAACACAUUCAAACACAUUUCUCUGUUGACUGUAAUCUUUGAGAGAGAUGGCAAAUAGUUUCGGCUUUGACUUUGUAAAGGCCUUCUAACUACAUAAACUGUGUAUUUAAGCUAUAGUACGUUGCUUGAUCUCUAACUUUUGCUGUACUGAACUGUAAUUGCAUUUUGCGAGAAUAGACUGUUCCUGUUUGCCUUUGAUAUUAUCUAUUAAUGUGUAGAAGAUAUGAAGUAAUGUUUGCAUGCAUACAAAUGGACUGGGGUUGGAAACAGCUAUGGUCUUGUGUAUCUUGUCCAGAACAGGACCAUUAUACUAAAACACUGAAGUUAUUAAAGAACUGAAAUAUAGAGUUCAAUCAAUUAAAUGAUCAGUUACAUUGUAAAUGUUUACCUGAUGAAAAUGUACACGUUGUAAUACAUCAAUUAAAACACUUUAGAAACUA